UUAAUUGUGCACCCAAAAUAUAUUAAAAUUUUCAUGCAUCAUGGAGUUAAUGGAUAAAAUGAGUUUUCAUUAUGAAUAUUUAAAUGAUACUGAAAGUUUUGUAAAAUAUAGCUUUCUUGUUCACAAAUCCAUUACAUAUUUAGACUUAAGCCUUCAAGAAUAUUCCGUGUAUCAGAAGAAAAGGAUUAACAAAAUAAGAUUUGCAGAUGGAUCAAUCGAAAUUUCAUAUAACCACAUUUGCACUAGAGAAGGACUCCAAAAAAGUCUGCAACCGUUUCAGACAAAAUUAAUUUAUUGUUUGCAUCUGGAUUUAUACUCAGGACGGCAGAAAAUCGCGAGAGAUUUUAUAGAGGAGAGAUAUAUGAUAAAUCGAGACAGAUUUCAUGAUUAUUAUACCGUAUACGAGGUCAAGCCACAGCUAUAUUUCUAUGAAAUGAUGUUGAAUAGAUUCAUUGAAAAUGCCACAAGAAAAAGCAAAACGAAAAUAUCAAUCGUUAGAUUAUAUUUACGGCUAUUGAGCCAAGACCGAUUUAAUCGAUAUUCUCCCUUUUCUAGCUUGAGGCGCCCAUUUUUUGACAUUUUGUAUAAAGAAUGUUCAGACUCCCAAUUAAUAGUGGACACUUUAAAAGUGUUUAAUUUUGAAAUGUGGACAAUUUCUGAAAAUGACCCGUGUCAGCUCGAGUUUUUUCUGCAUCAUGUGCACACUUUAAAGAAAGAAAAGGAGUUUCUGAGAACAGAUAUGAUCCAUUUUUGUCUCGCAGAAUCACUUUACAAGAACGUUGAAAUACUUUUCAAAUAUCAAGAUGCUCCUAGAAAAUCGCUGCAAUCUUAUCAGCAAACUGUAUCUAGAUUAAGAAACAAAGGACUUGGAUUGCCUGAGGGUGCAUCGACCAUUUCCGUGGAAGAUGGAAUAGCAACAAAAGACAGGCAUUUCCUGAUACUGCAAAUAUUCGACAUUUUCUUCACAGGUCGUUCAGAUGGACUGAAAGCAUUGCAGAUGAUUUGGAGGUCGAUACCAGAUCCUGCCAUCCACUUGACUGAGUUGGCAUCUCUAUUCCCGGCGCUUCGAAACACAGAAUGCAUAGAUGAAAUUCAUCGUUUCGUUAAACAUAUAACAGGAGAAGAAUCUCUUGUUCAUCAACCUAGAAAAUUAAAGCAUUUUUGUCGGAUAACAAUUCGGAAAGGACUCAGUGAAAAUAGAAAUUUAUUUACUGGGAUUGGAAAACUCGGGCUGCCUUCUUCAUUACAAUUAUUUAUCAGACUAGAAAAUUAAUUUUGCCUUCUGUAUCUGUAUUUAUAAAUAUGUUUUAAAGUCUCUUGGAACAAAUAAAUUUUCUUUUAUUCAGUU